ACAGGUGGUCACUGUUGGCACGGGUGUUGAGAGAGCACCAUCGCGUAGCUCCCGCAACCUCUGCCACCCUCCAACCACCAUCCUGCCACCCGCCUGCCUCUCCAUCUGCUGACCCUGCUGCCUUCCGCAGCUCCAGCCCCGGACUGCUGAACACAGCAUCGCUAUACAGCGAAAAUGCGUGAGUGCAUGAGCAUCCACGUAGGUCAGGCUGGAGUGCAAAUCGGCAACGCGUGUUGGGAACUCUAUUGCCUAGAGCACGGCAUCACCCCAGACGGUCUCAUGCCCGCUGACGACACUCUCGGCUACGGAGCCGAUACAUUCAAUACUUUCUUCAGCGAGAUGGAGAGCGGACUGCAUGUUCCUCGUGCGGUCUUUGUCGACUUGGAACCCACCGUCAUAGACGAAGUCCGGACGGGGAUGUAUCGCGGCCUGUAUCACCCGGCCCAGUUGGUCACUGGUAAAGAGGAUGCUGCUAACAAUUUCGCUCGUGGACAUUACACCAUCGGUAAGGAGAUGAUCGACGUCACUCUCGACCAGAUCCGCAGGAUGACAGACCAGGCUUCGAGCCUCCAGGGAUUCCUCGUGUUUCACUCCUUCGGAGGUGGCACCGGUUCAGGCUUCACCUCGCUCCUGAUGGAACAUCUCUCCGUCGACUAUGGCAAGAAGACCAAGCUGGAAUUCGCUAUUUACCCCGCACCGCAGGUGUCCACUUCGAUGGUGGAGCCUUACAACUCCGUCCUGACGACUCACACGUCGAUGGAGCACUGCGACGUGGCUUUUAUGGUGGACAACGAGGCUAUAUACGAACUCUGUCACAAGAACUUAAGUGUCUCCAGACCCACCUACCACAACCUUAACAGACUCAUCAGCCAGAUCGUCUCCUCCAUCACCGCCUCCCUCAGGUUCGACGGGGCGUUGAAUGUGGAUCUGGCGGAGUUCCAGACCAACCUGGUUCCUUACCCAAGGAUUCACUUUCCUUUGGCCAAUUAUUCCCCCGUCCACGGUGCUGAUAAAGUCAACCAUAUGCAGAUUUCGACUGCGGAGCUGACAAGCGACUGCUUCUCUCCAGGGAUGCAAAUGGUCAAGUGUGACCCGCGCAACGGGAAGUACAUGGCUGUAACUCUCCUCUACCGCGGAGACGUCGUGCCUAAGGACGUCAACUCCGCCAUCCAGACCAUCAAGAACAUGAAGUCAGUGGAGUUUGUUGACUGGUGUCCAACAGGAUUCAAGGUGGGCAUCAACUACAUGCCUCCCACAGUGGUGCCUGGCGGGGACCUAGCUAAGGUGCCCAGGUCGCUCUGUAUGCUCUCCAACACCACCGCCAUCGUCGAGGCUUGGGGACGCCUCGACUACAAGUUCGAUCUCCUCUUUGCCAAGAGAGCCUUUGUCCACUGGUAUGUGGGAGAGGGCAUGGAGGAAGGGGAGUUCGCAGAGGCCCGGGAGGACCUUGCAGCCCUGGAGAAGGACUAUGAGGAGAUCGCUGAGGAGCCGGGCGAGUCUGAGGACGAUGAAGACUAUUAUUGAGGAGAUUCCUGCAUGUGUGAGGAGGAUUAGACAGAGCCAGCGUGUGCGAGGACAAUGACCAUCAACAAACAGUGUCAGGAAGACAAUGAACAAUACAGAGAAAUACUUAUAUAAGGUGCAUAGCCGAGCACUCUGAAGACAAAGAGGAAUACUGAACAGCACGAAUCCAUAGAGGAAUAUUGAACAAUACGAAUUCAAAGAGGAUUGCCGAUCGGUGUAGGGAUGACAAUGCAGCUGCAAUCGACAGAGACUUAAUAACGUAAUCAAUGUGUCAAGUGUACAGUUGUACUUCAAGUUGCCUUACUUUGUUUAAUAUGUAUAAAGUUAGCUCUAUAA